AUUUUUGUUCAACAAGGAUUACAGUAUGUAGGUAAUUCGCUAGUUGAAAUGUACAAAGGUAAGAAUUUGCGUAAGUAUUAUGUGUUAGCUGGUGAAGACAGCUUGCCAGUUAUGGUAAGGUUAACUUUUAAUAAAAGUAAGGGAACCUACAUGGUGACUUGUGACAGUGGCCAGUGCAAGGCAGGAAAGGGUCAUAAGAAAUAUGUCGGCAACUUGCUCACAUCAAAGGUUUGUAAACAUCUGUCUGUUCUAAAAUCACAAUCAGAGCACUGGCUUGAUCUUCUUGAGGAUGGAGUUGAUGCUGGUGAUGGAGAUAGUUCAGACUGUGACAUGGUUACAAUAACUCCAGUGGCAAAUUUUACUGAUGAUGGUGAUGAAGUUGAAAGGUUAGAAACGUUUGAAGUUGAAAGUAGUACUGGGCCAAGUGAUAGUGGUGGUGGUGGUAGUAGUAGGAGUUUACACUAUUUUGAAGAAGAAACCGGGCUUUGGAAUUUUCCUGCAAAGAGCAAUCAUCUUCCCUGUGAGCAAGGAAGCAGUAAGUUGAUGCUUAAUACCUGCAAUCGUGACACCUGGUCAACUCCUGAUCGUGAGAGAGAUGCAAACGGAUGUGUGUAUGGGGUAGAGCUAUCUCCAUCUGUUCCUGAAGGUAAUUGUGAUUGCGGUGCUGGGUGGCUAGAUGAGAACAAUCAGGGUAAGACUUUGAAGGAGCGUCCAGUACCUUUGACUGUUUAUACAGGUACAGCUCCGGUCAAAUGUAUGGUUUAUAGUAGGUUAUGUUGUAGUUUGGUAAAUCCAUGUAAGUUAACAUGGCAAGAGGGUAAGGAUGAAUGCCUUCAUGUGCUUUCUUCAGAAACAGCAGCUGGUGAUGAAAUUGGAUGGGAGUAUGUUUCAAUGGUUAUGAGUAAUACCGGAUGCACAUUUUCGGGAUUUUGCCAGGUAAAGGAUGCCAUCUACAAAUUUCGUCACCCAAAUGCAAAGUUUAUGGACGCUAGUGUUUUUAUUAGGUGGUGGUUUAGUUGGGCAAGCAAUAUGAAGAUUGACUUUCGUCAGCCUUGUGAGGUAUGUGGUUUUGAGCCAAAAAGACUGUGUUGUGAUGGCACUAGGGUUGGUGUUGGAUUCAGACAUGCCACAUUUGAAGAAAUUAGUAUUCCAGAUUCUUCAAUUCCAGUUCAACGCACAUUACAUAGACGCAUGGACAGAUGUUUCCUACAAAAUGUAAGAGAUAUUAAUAAAGCUGAUUUGAUUUCUAUUCGAACCAAUUUAGAUUACCUUUCUAGGAAACAAUUAGGAGAAAUAAUUGGCAAUGAUGAUGAUUCUGAAAAAGUUGCUGCAGUGUUGCUAGUCCUGCCAGACGCGGUAAAACCAUCCUUUGAACGUUUCAAUUCAAAUAUGUCUGAUUUAGAAAAGACAGCUUAUGCCUUUGUUCUUAAGAUGUUGGCAACAACAGCUUCAGUCACAAGUCUUUUGCCAGCAAGAUAUUGUCAGGACUUUGAUCAGGUAAUUAAUAAUUGUAAUUAUAGUGAAUCUGCACUAAACAUUAGGUUUAAUUCUGGCAUGACUGAAAUGAGAAAGUAUGCACCUGAACUCCAUGAUUUGAUUGGUGAGUCUAUGUUAAGCAAUGGUAAUCUUAUUCCAGAUGAUAUUAAACUUUUCCUUCAAUAUCUUAGCAAUAGGUCAGUAGAUGUUAGUUGCAAUGAUUCAGAAGAAGCCAUUCCACAACCAGGUACAUAUAAUCCAGAGAAAUAUGGCCGUGCAUACUACUUCAAUCAGUCUGGUUUGAAGGUAAGGGACAUAAGGAAAUUUACAAUUGAUGAAGAAAAUGUCAACAAAAAGAAUGCUGACCAUGAUGAUGCUGCUCAUGACUUUGAGCGAUGCAACAAGUUUUUCACCAAGGUAAAUGUCUCAGCUCCAGGAACAAGUACUUUGUUUUUAUGGUUUUGUGCAGACCAUGGUCACUGCUAUGGCUUCCAUAUGACAAGGGCAGAAGGAAGAAAAGACCCAGCAGCUUCACUGUAUUCACACCUGGUAAAACCUCCUUCUGAUGUAUUUUAUGACUUUGCAUGUAAUCUUCAGGAGUAUUGUUUAAAUCGGGAGAGUGGUUACUUCAGAAAUGUAAGAUUUUUUCAUGACAUCUUUCAUGGCUAUGCCCACAAGUGUUCUGUUGCUUUCCGUUCAUCAAGGCUUCAGGGCUUUGAAAGCAUUAAUUCUGAAAUUUGUGAGCAAUUCAAUAGCUUUAUUCAGUGUAUAAAAAAGUCAGCCCGCCAGAUGAAUCAAUCUCAUUUUUGCUUCUAUUUACAGUAUUUUUUACAUGAGUGGAAUAAGAGGAAGCGACAGGUUUACCUGAAAAAGUUGCAAGUUGCCUUAGCUGGUCUUAAGUAAUGUGAAUAUUUGAUAUAUAUUUUUGAACAUCUGCUUUGUGUUUUCCUCAAUCCUCUUCAGAGAGCAGCACAUUAUUACCAUGACAGCAGGGAGGAUCAACCAAACCAGUGUCGACUUACUGCUUUAGUUCAUCUUUCUCUCUGGACAUCAUCUUAUAAAGAA